GAGCCAACUCGACUACACUCCAUACACGACUGUCCCUUUAACAACGGCGGGGUACAUUAUCCCCCUAUUUGCUUUUUAUACAACCGAGUCGACCCCGAGCGCUUCUAUAGUCAUUCCCCACACGAAGCUGAACCCCUCCAACGUACCCUACGAUGUCGGACGUUGAAGUAAUAUCAUAUAUCUUCUCGAAGCUGCUUAAGUGUUACUAUCCCUAACUUCAUUUCUUCUUGGAUCGAGACUUUUCUAUUUCUUAUUCCUCCAAUUGAACUCCAUAGACUUCGCUCCGGUCGUUACCUACGUCCUUUUUUUGUAUAUUCUACGUGCCCAUUCAACGGUUCCCAAGCUUCAAAGUUAUAUGAGAAGAUCCAAGUCUAAGUAGAAGAAAAUGCCCGAGAUCACCAUAACCGGCUUCCGGACCCGCGACGUGCGGUUCCCCACGUCGCUCGACAAGACGGGGUCCGACGCCAUGAACGCCGCGGGCGACUACUCCUCAGCAUACUGCAUUCUAGAAACGGACUCCGAGUUCUCCGGCCACGGGAUGACCUUCACGAUCGGGCGCGGCAACGACAUCGUCUGCGCCGCCAUAACCUAUCUAGGCGACCGGCUCAAGGGCCGGACCCUAUCCUCGCUCGUCGCGGACUGGGGCCAGACGUGGCGGUACCUCGUCAACGACAGCCAGCUGCGGUGGAUCGGGCCGGAGAAGGGGGUGAUCCACCUCGCGCUCGGCGCCGUCGUCAACGCCGUCUGGGACCUGUGGGCCAAGAGCCUCGGCAAGCCCGUGUGGCGCAUCGUCGCCGAGAUGACGCCCGAGGAGGUCGUGCGCUGCAUCGACUUCCGGUACAUCACGGACGCGCUGACGCCCGAGGAAGCUCUAGCGCUGCUCAAGAAAUCGGAGGAGGGGAAGACGAAGCGGUUCCAGGACGCGCUCGACAGCAAGGCCGUCCCUGCCUACACGACGAGCGCGGGCUGGCUCGGGUACAGCGAGGACAAGAUGCGGACGCUGCUGCGCGAGACGCUCGCGAAGGGGUACAAGUACUUCAAGCUGAAGGUGGGCACGUCGGUGGAGCAAGACCAGCAGCGUCUGUCGAUCGCGCGCGAGAUCAUCGGGUACGACGCCGGCAACGUGCUGAUGGUAGACGCGAACCAGAUCUGGAGCGUGCCGGAGGCGAUAUCGCACAUGCGGCAGCUGGCACCCUACAAGCCGUGGUUCAUCGAGGAGCCGACGUCGCCGGACGACAUCCUCGGCCACAAAGCGGUGCGCGAAGCGCUGGCGCCUUACGGCGUGGGCGUGGCGACGGGCGAGAUGUGCCAGAACCGCGUCGUGUUCAAGCAGCUGAUCACCCACGGCGCCAUCGACGUCGCGCAGAUCGACGCGUGCCGGCUCGGCGGCGUCAACGAGGUGCUCGCCGUGCUGCUGAUCGCCGCCAAGUACGGCGUCCCCGUCGUCCCGCACUCCGGCGGCGUCGGCCUGCCCGAGUACACCCAGCACCUGAGCACCAUCGACUACGUCGUCGUCAGCGGCAAGCUGAGCGUGCUCGAGUACGUCGAUCACCUGCACGAGCACUUCCUGCACCCGUCCGCGGUGAAGGACGGGUACUACCAGACGCCGAUGAACCCCGGGUACAGCGUCGAGAUGAAGCCAGAGAGCAUGGACCGGUAUAGCUUCCCCGGCGAGGAGGGCGUGAGCUGGUGGAGGAGCGAGGAGGCGAGGGGGAUUUUGGAGGGAGAGAAGAUUUAAUCUUGGGUAUCUUGCUUGUAUUUACCUACCUACAUCUCUAAGGGGUAUAUGGUACGUCUUUUUAGGGGGGAAGUAAAGGGUAAGGAUGGGAGAUGGUAUAUAUAUGGCGAGAGGUUUGGGACUGCAUUAACCAACCAUUGUAUUCAUGAGCAUUUUAUAGGAACGCAUUGAAGGAGGGAAAUUGAACUCCUAGUUGAAACCAAUGCGGGGUGAUAGUAGUACUGCGUAUGAUGUUAGAGCAAGCCUAUAAUGAGUAGGGAACCUGCAUAGCUUCUGGGUCUUCAAGGGAACACAGCUGCUUCCCUGCGUCACGAAUCUUACAUCUCUGUAGCGUACAAACUGGCUUACCAACGUAGUACAGUACCUGAGCAGUAAC